AUGACGGAUUGCCCAUUUCACAAUGGCCCUUAUAUGAAGAAGACGGCGACAAUACCAUCUACAAGCAACAUGCAGAGUUCUUGCUUCAUGAAAUCUCCAUGGCAGCUUUGCCACCUUCCGCCACAACAAUCCUCCUCCCUCACCACCAUUGCUUCAAAUAAUACUAUUUGCAAUAUCAGAAGACAAUAUAUGGAUACAAGAACGCAAGCAAACUUAUCGAAGCUAAAGUCUAACCACAAACAAGAAUUACAUGUUCAUACCGAACAAAUGUCUCUAGUUGUUGAAUGGAGGAGAAGAUCAGAUAUGCUGGAGAGAAUGAUGAAAGCACAUAAAAGUGCUUUCCCAGUGUGGGGAUCCCAGACUCUUGAGGUUAUCGCAGUGAAAUGGACACCGAUUACAAUCAUCUUCAUUGUUUCAUUUGUUCUUUUAUGGAGCAGCUUUAAACAAUGA